GGACUUCUAGAGCAGAGUUAAAGGUAAACAACAGUGAAAAUAAAUAGUAAUAAAGUCGAAAGAAAAGUUUACAAAAUUCGGGAAUAAAAAUGGGUCGCGCUGAAGUUGGUACUCCCAAAUACCUGGCCAAUAAAAUGAAGGCCAAGGGUUUGCAGAAACUACGUUGGUAUUGUCAAAUGUGUGAAAAACAAUGCCGAGACGAGAAUGGUUUCAAAUGCCAUACAACCAGCGAAAGUCAUCAACGCCAGCUUUUGCUAUUUGCCGAUUCGCCUGGAAAAUUUCUGCAUAGUUUUUCCAAGGAAUUCUCGGAUGGCUAUAUGGAAUUGCUGCGAAGACGCUUUGGCACCAAAAGAACAAAUGCCAAUAAAAUUUAUCAGGAAUAUAUUGCCGAUAAGAACCACAUUCACAUGAAUGCCACUCGUUGGCUAACUUUAUCCGACUAUGUCAAGUGGUUGGGACGCACGGGCCAAGUGAUUGCCGAUGAAACGGAGAAAGGCUGGUUUGUCACCUACAUAGAUCGUAGCCCCGAGGCUAUGGAACGGCAGGCCAAAGCUGAUAGAAAGGAAAAAAUGGAAAAAGAUGACGAAGAACGUAUGAUGGAGUUCAUAGAGAAACAAAUUGAAAAGACCAAGUCUAAAGAUGGCUUACACAACGAUAAGGAAAAAUAUACCGAACUUAAGAGGGAUGAAGAGCAGCCUUUGAAACUAGACAUACGUUUGGAGAAGAAAUUUCAACCCGAGACCAUACUGGGAACAUCGGCUUUGGCGAAAAAACGCCUAAAACAAGAGAAAAGAAGCGAUGACGAUAGUGGUUCAGAGUAUGAGGAAGAUGAUGAAGGUUUCAAAAAACCCAAAAGCAUCAAGCUGGAGACUCAAAGUAGAUCAAAGGCUAGUACCUCAUCUACCUCUGCUUUGGAUGAUAUUAUCAAAAUGGAAGAACAAAAGAAGGAGCGUGCCAACCGCAAAGACUAUUGGCUGCACGAGGGAAUUGUUGUGAAAUUUGUUAGCAAAUCGUUGGGUGAGAAAUUUUACAAACAAAAGGCUGUGGUGCAGGAAGUCAUAGACAAAUAUAGAGCGAAAGUAAAGUUUUUGGAUACAGGAGAAAAAGUCAAAGUUGAUCAGGCUCAUUUGGAAACUGUUAUACCCGCCAUAGAUAAACAUAUUUUGGUGGUCAAUGGAGCUUAUCGGGGAAGUGAAGCUAUACUCAAGAAAUUGGAUGAGAAAAAUUACUGUGUAACCAUAGAAAUUGCUAGAGGUCCUCUAAAAGGCCGAAUUGUGGAAAAAGUACAAUAUGAAGAUAUUUCAAAGUUAUAUUAAAAUUUGUUUCUUAAAAAAAAAAGAUUUAAAAAAUGAG